AUGGCUUCUUCUCCUUCUGAUCCCUAUUCUGAGUUUUACUACUCUGUUCACUUCGAUGGAGAACUUAUUCAAACCCUAGUCACAGGGUCUUGUUUAUGUGUUGACCGAUGGAUCUCUGAUAUCUACUAUCUCUACCGUCAUGAUAUUGCCGACGACGGACUGGUCGUCGGCCUCGACUGCAAAUCGCUUCCGAGUUCCAUCGCCGGAAUCACCCACCCCAUCGCCGUCAUGCAACUCUGCGUCAACGAUCGCUGCCUCAUUUUCCAGAUUAUGUACGCCGAUGCAAUGCCUAUCGAGCUAGUCCGAUUCCUCAACGACGAAAGAAUCACCUUCGCCGGCGCCGCAGCGAAAGAAAACGCAGAAAAACUCAAGAGGGACUAUGGCCUCCGAGUGGCUUGCGCUGUGGAUGUUGCGGACAUGGCGGCGCUGAUCUACGACGAUCAUGAGUUCAGAGGUAUGGGAUUGUUGGAAAUGGCUUUUACGUUACUUGGUGAGAAGAUGAAGAAGCGUUCGUUAAGUGACUGGGACAAUAGAUUCCUUACAUAUUCUCAUGUAGAAUAUGCAUGUGUUCAUGCUUAUAUGUCUUAUUUUCUGGGAAUGUUCAUCUUAUCUUUUGAUGAUGAAGAAGAAACAAAGAGGAGA